CGGAAAAACAAAAGCAUGACCGUCAAAAAAUUCGACGGAAGUUUGGAGUGCAGUUUAGCAGUAUAUAAGGCACCGGGACUUGUGGAACAAAUACAUUAUUCCAAACGUUUCCCACUGUCCAACAUUAAAAUGCAAUACGUUGCUCUUCUGUCUUUCUUUGUUGCGGUUGCUAUUGCUGCUCCGCUGACCCCAGUUGAAAAUGCCGGGGAAGCCGCCGUAACUGAAACAAUUACGACGGCAGCGGCUCCGCUGACACCAGUUGGAAAUGCCGGAGACGCCGCUGUAACUGAAACAAUUAUGACGACGACGACUCCCAUUCCGAUUGUAAGACAAGAGAUGACAGUCGAAAACGGAAUCCACAAGAAUAGUUUCGAGACCGGGCACGGCAUUGUGGUCGAAGAAAGUGGCAGCCAGAAGCAAGUUGGAAUGUUGCCUGAAGAAAGCGGUGCCAUCUCCAGUGGAUCUUACUCCUAUACCAAUCCGGACGGCUCCGUGAUCACCGUCACUUGGGUCGCCGACGAAAACGGAUUCAAAGCUUCAGGUGAUCACCUGCCAACUCCUCCCCCGAUGCCCGAAUACGUCAUCAAGAUGCUGGCCGAUAUCGAAGCUGCUAGACUCGAAGCCGCAACUGAUGCUCCGGCUACUGAAACUGCCCCUUCUUUGUAGUGCAAGCCAAAUUGGUUCCUUUUUUUUGUCUCAAAAUUGCCAAGUUGAUUUGCAAUCUGUAAUUAAUCUGUUAAUAAAAACUCCUCUUAUUACUUCAAA